AUGUCUGAUACAUUAGCUGAAACGUUUGCCUUCACGCAUUUGGCUUACUUAGUAUUCGAAUCCGUUUUACAAGUUGUUAUAAUUGCAUUUGCUGGUUUCUGGAGUGCACAUACGGGAUUACUUCCGAAGCAAAGCCAGAAAAUAAUAUCCCGUUUGAAUGUCGACCUUUUCACACCAUGCCUUAUUUUUAGUAAACUGGCAAAAUCGCUGUCUGUAGCGAAGAUAGUAGAAAUAGGUAUCAUUCCUUUAUUUUUUGCAUUAAGUACAGGUAUUUCAUUCUUUUCUGGUAAGCUAAUGUCAAAAAUUUUGAGAUUAGAUAAAGAUGAAACUAAUUUUGUCGUUGCAAAUUCUAUAUUUGGUAAUAGUAAUUCUUUACCUGUCUCACUGACUUUAUCUUUAGCAUACACUCUACCAGAUUUAACAUGGGAUCAAAUACCGAAUGAUAGUAGAGAUAACGUUGCCUCUAGAGGCCUUUUAUAUCUAUUGAUCUUUCAACAAAUUGGGCAGAUGCUAAGAUGGAGUUGGGGUUACAACAAAUUAAUGAAAUGGUCUGGAGAAAAUACUCAUCACAUGCCACCAUCUCAAAUUCAAUUGCACCUUGAAUCAAAUCAAAACUCAGCAGAAACUAUUACAGCAGGCUCCUCUGCAUCUUCUAAUGGAUUUGAUUCGUCAAAUGCCGUUACUCCCCCAACUAGUAGCGUACCAUCUAUAUGGGAUAAAACUGUGAUCAGAGUGAAUUCUUCCAUGGAGGUUGUGAAAUCAUAUUUAAACCCUCCAUUAUAUUCUAUGCUAUUAGCUAUAAUCAUUGCAUGUAUACAACCUGUCCAGAAUGAAUUAUUUUAUAAGAACGGAUUCCUAACAAAUACAUUCGCAGAAGCCGUCAUCCAAUUAGGUGCACUUUCUAUUCCUUUAAUUUUAAUUGUGUUGGGUUCAAAUCUAUAUCCAUCAGAUGAAACAUUCCCGAAAACUCGUAACCAUACUAAACUAUUGAUAGGUUCAAUAGUGGGUCGUAUGAUUUUACCUUCCAUGAUUUUGCUACCAGUGAUUACAGUCGCCGUUAAAUAUAUCAAUGUGAGUAUAUUAGAUGACCCAAUCUUUCUAGUUGUUGGAUUCCUUUUGACUGUUUCACCUCCUGCUAUCCAAUUAACACAAAUUACACAAAUAAAUGAGUUUUUUGAAGCAGAAAUGGCUGACAUAUUAUUCUGGGGCUAUGUGGUCUUGAGUUUACCUGUAAGUAUAAUUGUUGUCUCUGGUGCUAUAUAUGUACUACAAUGGGCCAAUAUCAAUCAUAAUCCUGGGGUAUAG